AUCAUGGCCACCUUUUGUGUAACUACGCGCAAACAUGUUCGUCUACCCGUACCCAUAGAAAAAGGUCACAAGUGGCUUGCCCAACGCCGCGCCCUCCGAGUACUAUAAGUACUAUAUCAGUUUCCUAGUGUCUUCCCCAGGCUCUUUUGUUUUUUUGCAAGUUUUACGAGUUUUGGGAAUCAAAUAUCAGUCCCUGAUCAGUACAGCCGCGCUAAGAUGCCUCCAAAAGGGAAGCGUAAAGCGAAGACAACAUUGGAUGAUAAACCCGGCAAGAAAAAGAAACAAGGUAAAAUCUGUUAGACAGUAAAAAGCCAGAGGCUAUCUCAGUAAGAUAAGUUUAAAUCUCUUUUCAAACAGAGCAUUCUGACAGGCUAUCUAUCUUCAGACGCGCAGAACUCUGCUGCGGUCAUGAGUGAAUAAACGUGUAAAGAAUAUAUUCUCCUACGCUUAGGCUUAAAACUUGUUGGUAAUAUAUGACGGCGAUGAGAAGGAUAUUGCUAGAAUAAGCAAUUUUGGGCUAUUAGUGGAGUGCAGGAAGCUGCAUAUCAAUUUUAACGUACGUUUCUACUAGUUGUUAAGUCGAGAUGUGAGUUUGCGAGGAGGGUGUGGAGGCAUUGGUGAGGGGAGGGGGUGGUAGGCACUUCACAGUUGAGGACAGUGGAGGUGAUUUAACACUGCGGACCGGUUAUUUAAACAGAGUUUAGCCAGUGGUUAAGAAAACUGUGUUCUAAGCCCUUUUUAAAAUUGCUCCACACUUUUAUCUAAGAAACAUCAUGAACAGUUUUAUGAAAGCAUACAACAUAGACUAGAAAAGCAUUUGAUCAUGAAAUAACCCACAAAAGAAGAGAUCUGGGAGGUCCAAAGAUUUCUUAAACCACGGCCCAAGUUAGACUUUGUUUAAGUAACCGAUCCUAAAGGUUAUAGAGAAUUUGAUGCACCCUUUUAUUCAUGAUCCAUCUGAACUUUUGCAGAAAAUCAAAGCACUAGCAAAGCAAAGGCCUCAAAACAAGUAAGAACAUAUUUUAUACUAGAAAUACAUUAUUGCAAAAACCUGGUGAAGCUGUCAAGGGUCAGCAGUGAUAGUAGAGGGAAACAAGCGGAAGGGAAAGAAUAUGAUUAAAAAAACAAAACAAAAAAGCAAAACAAAAACUAAACAGAAAAAAAAAUACAAAGAAAAUGAAAAACAUAGCCUCCCCUAAAUUCGAACCUUCACUAUGAUCCCCUUCUGCAAGAGAAGUCGGCUCUGAAACCUGACUGGGUGGCACUGCCACUGGUUAAUUGAGUGGGUAAAAUUUUUACAUUCUAGGCAUUUUUCUCUGCCAUAGACGAUGUUUGAAGCUGGUGGAACUGUAUUUAUCAUGAAUUCCAAGAUACAUUUGAGAAAAAUUGGCUUAAAUGAGUAUUUCCGAGCCAUUUUGCAUUAUUCUAGUUUUUAAUCACUGUCUUGAAGAAUAAAUGUGGAUUUUUUACUAACCUGGCAGUUACGAUACACAUAUUGUUUACUUUGAUCUGUGUUAUCAUCAUGUCUGACCACUGGCAGUCAAAUUUAAGUUGGGCAUUGUCUGAUAACCGACUGUAUUAUUGCUCUGAUAGUCUAUUCUAGUUAGCUUUAACGUGAUCGACUCAAAUGUUACUUUUAGCAAGUGCAAUACACAAGAUGGCUCAUAAAAUCAGAGCCUGAGAGCAGAAUAGAGAAAGGAGUCGAUGUUAAGGUAUGUUGAGGCUCUAAAUUACUGGGUACAGUGCAUCUACUACUUUAGUAAAAUGACUUAAAUUGAGUUUCCUUAAAGUUCAAUAAGGUUUCUGCGUAACUGACCUCCAAGUCAACAUUAACACUCACUUCUUACUUAGGGCAAAAUUGUGACAUAAGGGAGGGGUAGGUGGAUAGCCUGCAGUGCAGCUGUUUUCUUUGGGUGCAUGAAUGUUUUUGCUCGCGAAAGCGCCAUGUUGAAACUCCCAAAGAGAGGAGGAAAUAGGGCGAGUCAAAGGGAGUGGGGAGGGGGUGGGGAGAGGGAAGAAAAAACGCCUGCCCCAAAACACUAUGAAAAUGAGAAACACCCCCUGGGCGUUCAUCAUCUUUCCUCCCUAAACUAAUUUUCUAUCCACCAUGCAGCUAUUAGUUUACAAGGUCAAAGCUCAGUUAGACAAAACGGCUACACCUGUUCUCGCCAAAACACAGGAGAACUAAAGUUGCUCUUGUAAAAGCAACUAAAUUCAAAGCCAACCCAGCAGCUGAUGAUGUUUGCAUGGUUGCAAAGUGGCAAUAACAAAACAGUCGUAAGACUGUUAAGUGAUGGGCAAAAGCUAUUACCAAGGGAGGAACUACGCACUCCAAUGCAAAGAUUUGCCUUGUCUUAAGCAAAACAAGCUGGAGAUUAUCGUUGUUUUUCUCUUGACUGAGUCACAAUGCAGUUUUCCACAACUGAUAUGAAGCUUUAGUUUAAGCUGCAAUUCAUUCUUCUAAACUGAUAUCUGUAAAUGGCCAUCCCGUGAGAAUUUAACAUCCUGCAAACAAAUUAAAAAACUAACGAGCGGGCCCAGCGUGAUACAACAUUUGCCGCAAAAGAUCGCAUUCUCAGACUAGAAAGAAAAUCGCUUGGUUAUUCAGAUCCUGAGGCACUUUAGGCAAAAAUAAAAAACCUAAAAGCCUUAUUUAGCCACGAUAAAGAGCUUUACGCUUCAAAAGAGGUCAAAGAAAAUGCUCUUGCAUCAGAGGGCAAAUCUUGCUGACCAGAAAUUCAAAAAAACCACAGAAAACCAAUAAGAGUGUCAUGACCUCUCGGUGUGAAACAAGUGACUAAAAUCACAUUUGCUCAGUCAAAACGUAGAACCCUCCAGAGCAUAAUCUACUUGCCAGCAAAAAAAAAACGUAUUGGAACAAGCAGCAUUUUGGCAUGAGGUAAAAGUGGUGUAGGUUUUAGCAAUGUGAGCAAAUCUUGUCCUGAUGCCAGUGUAGAAAUCGCUCUGACUUUCUCAUUGUGUAAUACAUGUGACAUAAUUUCCCAGCUGCUCCAAUUCCAGAAGACUUGCUUCGACAGCAGAGUUAAAAUUCCAAUUUAUGUCUGCCAUUUCCGAAUUUAGAAUAACUCUUUCCGCAGUUGCGUGCAGAUGAAAACAGAAUAAACAAUAUAGACUUACAGUUAAUUGACAGUCGUCAAUCUACUUCCCCUAUGCUGCACCAAUCAGGAGUUCUGUUUACCAGCGUACAGAGUUUCCCAAAAGAACAAUGAUAUCAGGCAGGUGUAUUUUUUCUCCCCUCCCCUGCCCCCCUUUUGUUCAUUUGCCCUCGCACCUACCCUAAGGGUUACUAUUUCUACUCUCUCCAAUCUUCUUCUGUCAUAAAAUCAAAGAUGGCGGCUACAACAAUACAAACAUGAACAAGCUUUCGCCCACCCAAGGUACGCCUGCACUGCAGGCUAGUAGGUGGACAGUUACUCGAUCCAUAUAUUUAUGGAGCUUAAAUCUAAUUUGAAUAAUUUUAUCAGGAUCGUUGUCGGCAAAGAUAAUAUAAUUUGCAUUUUUUAUUGACAUACAGUAGCUUGGGUUUGUCCUAAAUAUAACUAUAAAUGUUGCAGUUUGGCAUUGAUGAUUUGCAGAAAGAACCAGACCAAACAACAGGCUGGGAUGGGGUCAGAAAUUACCAGGUAAUAAAUAUGCUUUGCUAUAUGCAUUAAAGAAUGAAAUAGUACAAGGGAACAAAGAAACAAAGAAAGGACAGACUAAUUGAUGGGAUAUAAUGGACUGGUCACUGACCCUUCCAUCUUCUAACCCUGCCCAACAGGGCAUAACCUUGGUGACCCUGGCUGUUCAGGUCUGCAAAUAUACUCCAAAUAGCAGAUGUCGUCUGUCGAGUUGUCUUCUUGCUGUUCUUUUACAGUGUAUGUUUUUAGACAAUAGUUCGCUGUGAGGUGAGUAAAGUGUUCUGCCUUUACUCACUUAGCCUGUUCCAAGCGUUCAGAUAGUGGAGAGCGGUGCGGAGUAAAGAAUCUGCAACUUUGCUGCAGUUUUGACAACAUCGGUUCGAUAUGACAAAAUUCUCUCAAAUUUGGUCAACAUUAGCUGGUUAUGAUGUGACGCCUGAGAAAUUGUGCAAGUGAUUUUAGCCAAUCAGAAACAAUAAUAUUUUGAAUGAAUAAUAAGGAAUGAUAUUCUGCAAGUGUUAGUUCACACUGACUAUGGCUAAUUUGACCCUGUAUUUAUUUGUGUACAAUAUUUUUCCACACAAUUCAAAUCUACUUUGUAUCAACCUAACAGAUUGUUGGUGUCGUUUUAUAAUUGUAAAUUAACUUGUAUACUGUAGGUUACUGAAGGCUUCCCAUUUUCAGAGCUCUGCUGCAUAAGUUUUAAAAGUAGGUUAAACGUACCAAGUUAUUAUUUUGUAUGUUCUUACUUUUUUUCAGGCUCGAAAUUUUAUGCGUGACCAGAUGAAGAAAGGCCAACUUGCUUUCUUUUACCACAGUAACUGCAAAACUCCUGGCAUCGCUGGUAUUGCAGAGGUGAAACUAUACAAAACAUACAAAAAACAAUUAAUUCAAUGGCCUACGUUACCUGAGUUGGAAAUAAGCUUCGCUGUUACAUUUAAUGCAUUCAGUUGUUUCAAAGAGGGUGUGCCUUAAAUGUUAUAUAAGAUGUAACACAACAGAUUGACCAUGUAGUCUGAUAUCUUCAGUUUGAGUAAAAAUGAAGAUUAUUGAUUGAUUGAUUUAUUAGCUAACUCGUAGGUUAAUUCUCUUACUCUUCCAGUCUUCACAUUUUUUCAGACCAUAAUUUUAAUUCCUUCCAAUUUUGCAAAUUCUUUUCCAGUGCUUACAAAGAACACCUCAAAGCUUUUAAAAGAAACUUAUAGAGUGGAGUUGUGUGUGAAAUUUAGGAGUGAAAUAGAAGAUCACGAUUGUAUGAACAAUUUACAGAUGUUUUGGGCAUAAUAAUAAUAAUAAUAAUAUUAUUAUAUUAUUAUUAUUACUUUGACUCCGCAAAUAAUGACUUCCACACAGGAUGUUGAAGCAUUAGUCACAGACUCGCCAAUAAGUGUAGUUUGUGUCACACAAAUAAUCAUAUUUGCUGACUUAUUCUUUUUUCUUUGUUUUUGAACAGAUUGUGAAGGAAGGAUACGUGGACGAUACACAGUUUGAUAAGACUGACAUUCAUUAUGACCCGUAAGUAAACGGACUGAUCAAGAGGAAGGUGUUUUGUUGUUUACCUUUACCAUGUUAUCCUUCGUGCCAACUGAGCUUGCACACUGGGUUUCUCAGUGCCUUUUUAUGCAUUUUGCGAUUUGCUAAGUAAGGGAUACAGUUUUGUGAGAAUUUUCCAAAGCUGGUGCACUUUAAUGUAGCUACAGUCUGAUCCAUGCGUUCAGGUUGUGGGGACAGCACGCAGAGAUGUGAAGAGGGAAAACAGCCUCUCUUCUUGUUUAUUUUUUCAACUCUUUGACUUCGCACCGCACUCCACUACCAGAACGUCUGGAACAGAACAAAAACUUAUCAAUCCAUAGGCUAAUCAAUAAGUCAGUCAGUUAGUCAACCCAUCAUCAACCUUUAUUUGUAUUUUUCUUUCCCAAGGAGUGCUAAAGAAGACAAUCCGAGAUGGUAUAUGGUAAGUUUUUUUGAUAAUUAUUAAAAAAACACGUUCCAGGUUCAGGGGCACCCAACGACAAUAUUUUUGAAAAAUAUCUGUUCGGAAGACGAUUUGAUAUCUAGAAUUUUCGGAACAUUUGUUGUAAAUUUCUUGCUUGCCUGACUCUCCUAGGGUUUUUGAACAUCUACAAAAUGGUAUUUUCGAAAAUGUAAGUUUUGAUUCCUAUAAUUUUCGGAUCACUAGACUUUCAUCUAGGAAAUCCGAACAGAUGAAAGAUAAAAAUAUGCCUAUAUCUACUGUUUAAGUACUAAAAUACGUUCAACAACUCUAUAUUCUCGUUGGGUGUCCCUGCAGGUUAAUGGCAAAAAAGUUGAGGUAAAUCUCAACUAACGUCUCCUAGUCUUAAAUUGUCUUUCUUAUUUUUACUGUCGAGUUCUUAUAAAUUGAUUUUACGUAAUGUAAAUCCACUGAACUGUACCAAUUCUUUCUCGUAGGUGGAUAUCAAGUUUGUUCGCGAGAUGAAGCGUUACAUUUCGUUACGAGAGCUUAAGGAACUUCAUCAGGUGAGAUAGCGCAGAUUCGUGAGGUCUGUGAUGUGACAAGCGUUGAGAGUUGAAGAAAUAAGGAGCCUCUGUCUAGAGGAUCAACUGUCAUCAUAGUUAGUGAAGGGGACUCUUCCCCCUCCCCCCCCUUGAGAAAACAGCCAACAUUUCACAAUGCCAUAGACUACGAGUAGUCCCCCAUUUUUCCUCAGGGAUAGUUGGGCGAGCGAAACGCGAGCGCGCGUGAAAAUCACCCCACGCGAGAAAAGGCGACACGCGGCGGGGAGAGAGAAAAAUUUCACGCGCUCGCGUUUCGCUCGCCCAACUAUCCCUGAGGAAAAAUGGGGGACUACUCGUAGUCUAACAAUGCCAUCACCAGUUUCCCCGCGAAAUGACGUCUGAGAAACGAGCGUAGUAAUUCCAUACCGAUGACGUGCCAUUGCCCAGAUCUUUGUAGUGCUUCUGAUUGGUCGUGUCUCAACCAAUCAGAAGCAUUACUCAGAUCUGGGUAGUGAAGCGUCAUCAGUAUGGAAUUUCUGCGCUCGUUUCUCAGACGUCAUUUCACAGGAAAACUCGUGAUGGCAUCGUGAAAUGUCAGGCUGGUCUCUUCUUCUAGGUUAAUAAACACAGCAAAUUCAACGGGAGAAACCCUAAAAAAUAGAUUGACAUGGAAUGAAAGUCCAACUUGCUCUGGUGGGUUCGUGAUAAAAAAGAUUUCGUCGGUAGGCUUGCCGUGCUCAACUUGUUACAAGCCACUUAUGAUGGAUUUAUUUUACUAGUAGAAACCAAGUUGUUACUCACUGAUCUUUCUUCCUUCUUGCAGGAACAUAAAGUUUCCGGUGGUCCAUUAAAAUCAAUUGCGCUAUUCACGUCUGCAAGACUAUCAGUUCAACCAGUCACUGAAGGUACGUAAUUUGAUAGACUGGCAUCCGAUCACCUCGCCACGAAAUCGCCACCAAGAAGGUUGGGCGGGGGAAGGAGGCGGGGGGGAAGGGGGAGGAAUUUAGCUGCUCUUCAUGGCCCGGUUCCUGAAAGGCCGAUUAGCGCUAAUCCAGGAUUAAAAUUUUGAUCCAAUUUUUUUAUUUACCUUCCUAUGCAUCGCUUAGAGAAACAUUUCAUGUAAAUCGUUACUGUGUCUCAGAGUAAAGGCUCAACAGUAUUUUGUAAGCUUGAGUUACAUGCUCUUAGCAAGAAAAUCGUGCUUAAAAUUUGGCUUAAUCCUGGGUUAAACUUAACCAUCUUUCUAGGAACUCGGCCCAUAUGAUCGGAGUGUCCGAUCCACCGUAAUAGCGAGGUGUCCGCAAGGCGAUAGUUGACCGUUACCGAUACCUGUUAUCUUCCUUAUUACUUCACGACGCUCAAGCUCCAUUUUGGUGCGAAUGCAGUAACUGGUGUGCCGUAUUAGAAUGCAAUCUCUUUAUCUCGCCAGAUUCUCACCAAAAAAUGUAGGGUAGCUAGCCCACAGUUAAUUAUUUUGAGCCAUUGGCAAGCUUCGCUAUAUACUAAUACUGGCCUAGCCUCCCCGCAGACGUCCUUUGGGGUUUGUUCGUCACGGGAGAAAUGAAUGCGUGACGAACGAACCCCAAAGGACGUGUGCGGGGAGGCUAAUAUCGGCCAAGUUAUUUUUAGAACAAUCCAGUCGUUAAGAACUCCCUUUUUCAUGGUAUCUUUUAUCUAAAUUACUUACCCUAGAGUAUCACUUCUUUUUCAGAUGAAUUUGAUUACAUUUGCAGUUUGGAGGACAAAAAGCCUUAGAGUAAUUCGGAUAGUUCUUGUGGAGUGUAGUGUAACCUUGUUAUUGUUGAACUAGAACGACCCUAAAGCCUUGUUCACACCAGAGCUUAAACAUGUUGAAAGGCUGUUUAGUUAAACACGGUUUAAAAUUGUUUCCUUCAUAAAAGCUGCUUCCUGACUUUAGUUGAUUGCAAAUUUAGUGCAAAUUAUAAAACAUGUUGAAUUUCAUUUGAAUUUCAUGUUGAAUUUCAAUUUAGAUGUAUUUAAGGUUAAAAUAAAACAGCAUUUUUUGAGGGUAUUUUUGGAAAACUAAGUUUUAGAUAUCUGACAUUGUAAAUUAAGCUGAAAAGCCUUUUUGAGGAGUUUAAUAAAGUUAUUAUUAUUUUUUAUUUGAAUCCUUUGUAAAAACCUGUUUUCUAGUUUUCCGUGUCUUUUUUCAAUUUUUUAAAACCUCGUUUGAUAUACAUGUUCAGUUGGUGUGAAUGGGGCAUUAGCUAUAAAAAUGGUUUCAGUUCGGGGAUAAGAGCACCCUAGUUAAAAGUAGGAUACGUUUAUCUAGUUGGUAUGUCAAGUACGCUGAAGCUUGAAUUGGUAGGAAGUGUUGAAGCUGAGAUUUAAGAAACAAGUCUUUGGUGCGUCCUCACUUUAAAGUCGUUUCUGUAUUAAGGGUUGUAAUAAAAGGCAAUAAUCUGUUUAAUUGCUGUUACUCCUUUUCUAUUCUGAGGUUGGUUUAUAUUAAAAUUAGAAAACGGUAUAGUAUGUGGUGUAUUGUUUGUUUGAUUUUAUUUCCAGC